GGCCCCAUGGAGCUGCUGGCCGCAGCUUUCAGCGCCGCCUGCGCGGUGGACCACGACAGCUCCACCUCGGAGAGCGACACGCGCGACUCGGCGGCGGGACACCUGCCCGGCAGUGAGUCACCCUCCACCCCGGGAAAUGGGGCCACGCCCGAGGAGUGCCCAGCGCUGGCCGACAGCCCCACCACACUCACGGAGGCCCUGCAGAUGAUCCACCCCAUUCCCGCCGACUCCUGGAGGAACCUCAUCGAACAAAUAGGGCUCCUAUAUCAGGAAUACCGAGAUAAAUCAACUCUCCAGGAAAUUGAAACCAGGAGGCAACAGGAUGCAGAAAUACAAGCCGAUGACCUCCGCUCCCCGUCCAGCGAGGAGACGCCUGAGGAGGAGGAAGAGGAGGAGCAGGAGGAGCUGGCAAGCCCACCUGAGAGGAGGGCUCUGCCCCAGAUCUGCCUGCUCAGCAACCCGCACUCCAGGUUUAACCUCUGGCAAGACCUCCCGGAGAUUCAGAGCAGCGGGGUGCUGGACAUCCUCCAGCCGGAAGAGAUUAAACUGCAGGAGUCUCCUCUUAUCUGCUCCUCCGUGUCCCUGACGAAGGCCAUGUUCGAGCUGGUCACCUCUGAAGCCUCCUACUACAAAAGCCUGAACCUGCUCGUGUCCCACUUCAUGGAGAACGAGCGGCUGAAGAAGAUCCUGCACCCGUCUGAGGCGCACAUCCUCUUCUCCAACGUCCUGGAUGUCAUGGCCGUCAGCCAACGGUUCCUCCUGGAGCUGGAGCGCCGGAUGGAGGAGAACAUUGUCAUCUCGGACGUGUGUGACAUCGUGUACCAUUAUGCGGCCAACCACUUCUCGGUCUACAUCACCUACGUCAGCAACCAGACCUACCAGGAGAGGACCUACAAGCAGCUGCUCCAGGAGAAGGCAGCCUUUCGGGAACUGAUCGCGCAGCUGGAGCUCGACCCCAAGUGCAGGGGACUGCCUCUCUCCUCCUUCCUCAUCCUGCCUUUCCAGAGGAUCACACGCCUCAAGCUUCUGGUGCAGAACAUCCUGAAGAGGGUGGAGGAGAGGUCUGAGCGUGAAUGCACCGCCUUGGACGCCCACAAGGAACUGGAACUGGUGGUAAAAGCAUGCAACGAGGGCGUCAGGAAAAUGAGCCGCACGGAGCAGAUGAUCAGCAUUCAGAAGAAGAUGGAGUUUAAGAUCAAGUCGGUGCCCAUCAUCUCCCACUCCCGCUGGCUGCUGAAGCAGGGCGAGCUGCAGCAGAUGUCCGGCCCCAAGACCUCCCGAACCCUGCGGACCAAGAAACUCUUCCAGGAAAUUUACCUCUUCCUCUUCAAUGACCUGCUGGUGAUCUGCCGGCAGAUCCCUGGAGACAAGUACCAGGUGUUUGACUCGGCCCCUCGCGGCCUGCUCCGCGUGGAGGAGCUCGAGGACCAGGGCCAGACGCUGGCCAACGUGUUCAUUCUGCGGCUGCUCGAGAACGCAGACGACCGGGAGGCCACCUACAUGCUGAAGGCGUCCUCUCAUUGGGGCAUUUGUCCUCUUCCCUGUCCCAGGAGUGAGAUGAAGCGCUGGAUGACCUCCCUGGCCCCCAACCGGAGAACGAAGUUUGUUUCCUUCACGUCCCGGCUGCUGGACUGCCCCCAGGUCCAAUGCGUGCACCCAUAUGUGGCCCAGCAGCCAGAUGAGCUGACACUGGAGCUGGCGGACAUCCUGAACAUCCUGGACAAGACGGAAGACGGGUGGAUCUUUGGUGAGCGUCUGCACGACCAGGAGAGAGGCUGGUUCCCCAGCAACAUGACUGAGGAGAUCUUGAAUCCCAAGAUUCGGUCCCAAAACCUCAAGGAAUGUUUCCGCGUGCACAAGAUGGAUGACCCUCAGCGCAGUCAGAAUAAGGACCGCAGGAAGCUGGGCAGCCGGAAUCGGCAGUGACACCCCUCCCCCAGCCCCCAGUCCAGCAGGGGGAUGUGGGUAGGCAGGUGGGAGCUGGGCCUGGCAGGCAAACGCACUGACCGUGGAGGGGCGCUGGGGGAAGGUGACCUUGUGCAGGAGUCACCCUGACCCCUCAUCCCGGCCACGUGGUGAAUGCUCACAUGUCUUGGCCCCCUGCUUGCAAACUGGAAAAAAGGGUGCCCACAUCUUUCCUCUGAUGCAUUUGUAAAUGAGAAAUGUAUUUUAAACAGUAUUACACCACCUCUCCCUCUUGUCUCUUAGAGGGGGUGGAAGGGGACUGGCAUGCUCCAGGGGCCUCCCCCCAGCACUGGAAGAACCCCAGACCCAGGGUGUCCCUGGCCCAGGGCAGGUGCAAAGGUGAUGAUUGUCACGAACCCCUGCACGUGUCCUUCUCUACCC